AUUCCCUGUGGUAUUGCAGCACGCAGCGCGGCGAACGAGAGCUCGCCACAGGCUGAUCUUCUAGCAUUCAGUAUGACGGCAAGUAAACAGGGUGACAAGCCCACCUACACCUCGUUCUCAACUCUUCUGCGGUCGCCUUCCAAUGGCGGGUCGUCAUCGACACAUCCCGACCGAACACUUGCACCCAGCCGUACACCUGGUUCCCGAACAGUCUCACCUACUCCCCCGAGUAGGACCAAAGCUAGUCCAAGGAGUCGUCUGAGUAUCUGGAGUAUGUUAGCCUUGACAGUCUCCAUGGGCGGGAGUCAGAUUGCCUGGACUGUCGAGCUUGGCUAUGGAACGCCAUACUUGCUAUCCCUAGGUCUCUCAGAGCAGCUGACAUCCCUGGUAUGGCUUGCCGGUCCAAUAUCCGGGCUGGUCGCUCAACCCCUCAUUGGUGCCAUCUCUGAUUCCUCCAAUUCGAGAUACCGACGUCGGUACUGGAUAGUGAUGGCAACGAUUCUUCUUGUACUGAGCGGUCUGGGCUUGGCUUUCACUCAGCCCAUAGCGGCAACUCUGGUAGCUAUCUUCGGUGGAGGUCAGGGAUCAUGGGAUCCAAAGACAGCCAACUUGGUGCGAUCGACCUCCAUUGCUAUUGCCGUGACAAGCUUUUACUGCCUCGACUUUGCCCUCAACGGUCUACAAGCAUCUUUGCGGAAUUUGGUCCUAGAUAUUGUGCCUGGAGAUCAGCUGGCCUCAGCUAAUGCCUGGCAUGGACGCUUCAACCAUUUUGGCAACAUUGUUGGGUUCACCAUGGGCUUCCUCAAUCUCAACCAUGUCCCCAUCAUUCGCCUUGUGGGUGGAGGUCAAUUCCGCAAAGUCUGUAUUGUGGCACUAGCAAUCCUUGUUCUCACCGUCUGGAUCACUUGCUGGACCCAGGAAGAGGUCGAACGGAAUUCCCCCUUCGGACGCCGGUCCAAAGUCAGCGAUGUAAUCUCCACGAUAUACGAAGCGGUGCUUCAUUUGCCCAAACCUGUUCGUCGCGUCUGCAUCGUUCAGAUUGCCGCGUUCAUGGGAUGGUUUCCUUAUCUGUUCUACUCCACAACGUAUGUGGCCCAUGUAAUGGCUGAUGAGCUGGGACACGAACCAGAUCUCGACAAGGCGACGCGGGCGGGAAGCCUGGCUCUGCUCAUUUACUCGUUCGUCGCCAUCGUCGCGGGGACUCUGUUGCCAUAUCUCGCUUCGCGGGACAGGAGAUUGCUAGGUGCGAUUGAUGCAGGAGGAGAAACAGACGAUGAGGAAGCAGACUUGGAGCAGAUCCGCGAGCAGGUCCGCCAGUGGAAGGCGGAAUCCGCACGACACGGGAAGCCGCUCAAGCUACCAACUAUGCCGUUCAUGUUGCGUAACAUAUGGACGGCUGGUCUUCUGCUCUUCGCCGCAAUCAUGGCGUCUACGUUCUUCAUUCGGACUGUCUGGCAGGCAACCGUGGCUAUCGCACUCGUCGGCAUCUGCUGGGCAAUCGCCUGCUGGGUGCCAUUCGCCAUUAUUAUGGAGUUUUUGAAGGAAGCCGAGGAUUCCUCUAGCACCGAGAUACGCCCACGCCCGCCCCGCCUCCAAUCUCAGCCUGCCGUCUCUCGUUCUCAGCCUACGAGUCCUGUUCGACCUAAUGAGCGCACGGCUUUGACGCGAAGCUGGUCCACGGCCGACAUUGAGGGACAAGACAACGAAUACACAGGCAGUGGGCCAGUAGCAGGAGGGACCAUAAUGGGGAUCCACAAUCUCGCUAUUGUUUUUCCACAAUUCAUAAUUGCCAUUGUGGCUUCUCUGAUCUUCAAGUGGACGGAUGGCACCGAUACCAACGCCGAAUACUCCUCGAAGCCAGGCGUCGCAUGGGUGUUGCGAUUCGGUGGUCUCAUGGCUUUAAUAGGUGCUGUGAUUAGUCGCAAGGUUCCGCCAACCAAAACGGAGAAGGCAAUGAGGCGGCGGUUGGCCGAGAUGCGAGAGGAGAGCGAAGAUUAAAGGGAGGCAUAUUUCAACGGUUGAAAGACUCAGUCUACGACUUUGAUGAGCAUUUGGUGUAAACAUGAUGGAAAGCUACCACGUUGAACCUCUACCAUGUCAAGCUUGAGACACUUUUCCACGAU